CCUUCCUAGAACAGAAAAUGUGCGUUAGUAUGUUGCAUAAAAUUGCAACGUUUAUGGUGGCUAACUACCGCACAUUAAGAAAGUUAACCGAGGAUGAAAAAAUUGAAGUUUACCAAGCAGCACGACAGAUGUGUGCUGAAGCAUCUGCCCUGAACUGUUACCUGUGCCGUUCAGCUGAAGAUCCUUCAUGCGCAACCAAUCCGCAAAACCAGGGAGAUUGUGAUGAGUACCUGGCUUUUUUAAAUGCUCCAAUCGUCCAAGUAAAUACCAUUAAGAACACCACUCACUGCGUCAGUCUCGUGUACACCAAUGUUACAGAGAACAGCGGUCGCAAGUACACAGAAAGGAUGUGUGUGCCAAUACCGGACAUGACGAAUCCCUGCUUGGAGGUAGCUAAAAUGGUGAAGGUAGAGAGCUGUCACUUCUGCUCCGAAGAUCUGUGUAAUCGUGGUGGAAGAACUGAUUCGAUACAGAAAUUCUAUAUCCUACUGCUAUAUUACGUGGGACAUUUGUUACUUACCUGACUGAGGCACUAAUUUAGCUGGACACGGUUUUGUGAUAUGUACAUAAGUGUACUUCAAAUUGUUAAACAACUCUUAAAAAAGGGACGAAUUGUUUGUCACUGACAUCUUAAUGUGAUAAAAAGGUUACAAUUUCAAGAAGUGCUACACCACACACUGGCAUUGGGAGCGAUUUGGGUAUGAAAAUAAUGAAACUGCUUUGCAGGCAUAGUUCAACUUAUCUGUAGUGGAUUCCUGUUUUGGCCUCAGAGUUAUUGGAGGAAAUUGUUCGUGUUUUUUUUUUUGUUUUUGUGUUUUUUUGGGCUGAACCGAGCUUUUGUCGCCACAUAAAAAUAUAACUGUUGUCUUUCAUCGAUUUUCAUUUGGAAACUAACGACUGUAAAUUAUGUAAAACAAAAUAAAACAGUUUACAUCUCUCAGAA